UUUCCUGGUUCGCUCUCUACAGGUGUGGACCAGUGCAGAACAUUCCUCCUUGGAUGUGAAUCCCGUCUUCCGCCCUUUGUAGGCCUCAAAUACCCUUGUUAGUUAAUGAUGCUGCUGAUGAAAUCUCACAUUCUGCUGAUUGCUUUCAGUGGGUUUAUUUGAAUUGAGAUUAGGUUCAACAAGGCUUAGAAACAAAGCUUGUUCAUUUUUCAUUAAUACCACAGAAGCAGCAUUAGCAGGCCUUUGACUAUUUCUUGCAUGUACUGAAAUAGUAUUUUACCUUCUGGGUUUCCUUUUACACUUGGAUUUGCUACCUUUUAUAAACCAUUAGGAUGGCAUCAGAAUGUUUUAGUGCAUUUUAUGGUGCAUUAUAAAAAUAUAAAUAGGCAAUAUUUCUAUUUUUUUAACUUGACUAGACUGUUUGUGAAAGUUUAACUUGAUAUAAUGUGUUUUAUAUAUCAGCGAGAUAUUACGAUUUAAAAAAAAAAUCAAUCUGAUUCUGAUUUGGUUUUUAUUUUCCCCUUUGAAUUGUUGCUUACUAGCAAUAAAAUAAAUAUUCAUUAAUAUUCUUUUCCAUGCACAGAGAUGGUAUGAAUCCAAAAUCGUUAUUAUUACAUAUAGAGAUGAAUCUAAACUUUCCAUUGCAAUAUUAAAAUAUUUAUUUUUGUGCAUGAGAAGAAAUAUCUCUUUUGAGGCACUAGUAUAUCAACUGACAGUUGCUUUGAAAAUGUUCCUGGAAAUGCUACUUCUGCUUAUUUUAUAUCAUAGUAGUAUCUAGGAACUCAGCCAAGAUCAUGACUACGUUGUGCUGAGUUCUGUAAGUGAUAUCCUAAGAGGUAACAUUUAAAUAGUAAUUUUAAUAUAAAGAUGCACAUAAUCUAAAUGUAAAUAUAUGCAUGAAAGUAAGGAGAAAAUCAGGCAGAGAGGUUACAUGUUGGCUUAAGAGCAUACAACAGAUUAAGGAAAGAGCCAAAAAUAAAACCAGGUCCCCUGAAUCCUAAUGCUGUACGUGAUGCCUUAGAUCAGCUGUGCUCAGUUUUUCUACUUGUGGGGCCAAGUGAGUAGUGCCAGGUCCCUCCAUGGGUCGGAUCUGGUUGGUGGACCCAGUCUGGCACCCAGACCAUGCAUAGCAGGGCUUUAUCUAGACUUGAAGAGGAGGGCUGGGGGAUGUGGCCCAGCCUUGAUCCAGACGUGUGGGGAAAGGGGACUUGGCUUGCCCCCAACCUGGCUGUGUAGGGAAGAGAGGGCAUCGCCCAGCCCCAAUCCAGCCAUGUGGGGGUAAGGGACAUGGCCUGACCCUGUGGGAGGAAUGGGGUGUGGCCUGGUCCCAACCUGGCUGGGUGGAGGGAAGGGGGCGUGACCUAGCCCCACAGGGAUAUUAGGAGGCAUGGCAUGGCCUAGCCCUGAAUCAGCCAUGCAGGGGGGAGAGGUUCUAGCCUUGCCCCAUGGAGAGAAAUGGGAACCCUCCCUUGAUUCAGCUGCACAGCAAAAGGGACUCUGGCUUGGUUGGCCCUGAUAUGGCCAUGCUAGGGGAGGGUUGUGGCCUGGCUUUUUGUGCUGGACUCAGGAUUUUAGAAGUGGGGGAGGGGUGGCUGUGUUAACUGCCACUGCUUCCCUGCUACCAAAUUUCCUGAAUUGUGGGGAGCCCUGCAGGCCUGAUUCCAAGACUGCUGGCCACAUUUGGCCUGCAGGUUGGAGGUUGAGCAACCAUGCCUUACAUCAUUUAAAUUUGGGAGGAAUUUUUGAGAAUCCAAGUAAGUCACCUGGGAAAGAAAUAGAUAUGAUUCCUUUAAAUUGUAUAUAAAUUUGGAGGAUUCCAGACAUAUCCAGCUGGCAAAUUAGUACACAAAGGGCCAGCCACCAUUGUAAUGAACUUAACAUUAUUAUGUAUCAUACAGCAGUUGCAUAUAUAUUUUAGUCAAUCUGUUUCUAGUGCUACUUGGUGUGAAAACUUCAGAGUAUAUACCACAAGUCCAGAAGAGUCUACUUGAUGCAUAUCUGUCAUGUAUUAUACACUUAUAUUGCAUAUAUGACUUUCCGUUAAAUGUAUGCAUUAGGGUCCUAUUCAAAAACACCUCAGUCAGCAGCACAAGGCAAAGAGCUACAAUGGCUUAAAUCAUGAAAUCUGUUCUUUAUCUCCUCCCUUUACUUACUAGAUUCAUAGAUGUUAGGAUCAGAAGGGACCUCAGUAGGUCAUCCAAUCCGACACCCUGCCCUGUGCAAGAAAGAGCACUGGGGUCAGACAACCCCAGCUAGGUGCCUUUCCAGUCUCCUUCUGAAGACCCCCAGGGUAGGGGAGAGUACCACCUCCCUUGGAAACCUGUUCCAGAUUCUGGCAACCCUUACUGUGAAGAAGUUCUUCCUAAUGUCCAACCUAAAUCUGCUCUGUCAAUUUGUGGCCAUUGUUCCUAGUUACUCCGGGAGGUACCAUAGUAAAUAGAGCAUCUCCUAUUCCCUGCUGCCCUCCUCUGAUGAAUUUAUAGACAGCCACAAGAUCACCUCUCAGCCUUCUCUUGAGCAGGCUGAAGAGAUCUAAGUCCCUCAGUCUCUUCUUAUAGGGCCUUGCCUGCAGGCCUCUGACCAUACGAGUAACCUUCUCAAGAUUCUCUGCAUCCCUCUUGAAAUGCAGUGCCCAAAACUGGAUGCAGUACUCCAACUGCGGCCUGACCAGUGCUGCAUAGAAGGGAAGCAUCACCUCUGUAGACCUGUUCAUCAUGCAUCUGCUAAUGCAUGAUAAAGUGCGGUUAGCCUUGUCGAUCACUUCGUCACAUUGAUGACUUACGUUCAUCUUGGAGUCAACCAUGACUCCAAGAUCCCUUUCCAGUGCUGUGCUGCUGAGAAGGUCAUUCUCCAGCCUGUAAGUGUUUUGAUGGUUCUUUUUGCCCAGGUGCAGCACUUUGCACUUGUCCUUGUUGAACUGUAUCCUAUUUUGUUCUGCCCACUUUUCCAAACUGUCCAGAUCUGCCUGGAUCUGUUCCCUACAUGCUGGUGUGUUAACUUUGUCCCAUAAUUUGGCAUCAUCUGCGAACUUGGACAGGGUGCUGUCCACGCCCUUGUCCAAGUCGCUGAUGAAGACACUGAAUAGCACCGGUUCAAGGACCAAGCCUUGUGGGACUUCACUACCCACAUCUUUCCAAGUCGAUAUCGACCCGUCUCGCACCACUCUCUGGGUGCAACCCCUAAGCCACCUGACCAUGUAAUCAUCUACAUCACAUCAUGUCAGUUUAUUUACGAGAACAGAAUGAGAUACUGUAUUGAAGGCCUUCUUAAAGUCUAAGUAGAUAACAUCUACCUCGUCACCUGCAUCUACACAUUUUGUGAUCUGGGUCUUUAGACAUCCUUGCUGUCAGUGGAGGGUAUCCUUUUGGGAUUAUUUUAAGUGAGGAUGUUAAUUUUUGUUAACUUCUCCCUUAGGCUCUUGUGCGUUAUGGGUGUAGCUUUGUUUUGUAUGAAUCCGUAGAAGCAGAGAAAAGGUGGUAGAAAAGAUGUCCAUCACCUGCGGAACUGGAUAAAACAAGUAGGGUAGGGAAUCAAACAUAGAUUUCUGUAUUAGUAGCUCACAGAUAGAUGAUAGCUGAGUCCAUGUAAGUUGAUAAAAUCACACAGAGGGAAAGAAGAAGAAGCAGUGAACGUUUAAAUAAAAGCCAUCGCAACCUCCCCCUCCCCUCCCACCCCCCCCAAAAAAACCCCAACAACGAAAACAAGCCCCUACCUCUACCCCCCUUAGGUACUUGAUACAUAGUAGGAGAAGGAGGGGAGUGAUAUGCUGUAAAAGGCACUGUACAAGUCAUUCAAAUGGUAGGAGAGCCCCCAAUGAACUUAAGUCUCAAAAGCCAAGAGAAUUUGCGGGGCACUUGUGAUUGACAGACAGGUUGAACAGCAAGGAAAUCAGGAAGAAGGGAUGUAGUACAGGCCAUGAAAUUUUAUCCCUGAAUUUUAUACUGAGAUCCUUGAUAGCAUAUUUCAGCUAAAACUACCACUGUAUAUUUUCUUUUAGUUUUUACUUUUUCCUACCUCUUAUGAAAAAUAAUUUAGUACAGUCUCAACAAGUUAAGGGAAUUAACUAUGUUGUUUUCAUUUUAGCAUUUUUACAUUUACAAAGGGAAAUGCUGUAUUUAGGAUGAGAGGAAGCCGUGUGUGUGUGUGUGUGUGUGUGUGUGUGUGUGUGUGUGUGUGUGUGUGGAGGGGGAGUAUUGGCUGUACCCCUGUUUGUGGUACCUGGGGGUUGUGGGCCCCAAUGACAGUCCAAGGACUCUACUGCCACUAUUGGAAGGAAAUUGACCAGCUCUUUAAAAGUGUCAGAGAGCUUUAGAUAAAAGCACCAAAAAGCCUCACUGAAGCUCCUGGUUUAUACAGCCGCUGCAGAGCCAGAUUGAAGUAAUGUGCUGCUUCUUUUGGCCAAGCACUUUUUUUUUUUAAUAUAUUUUUCACAUCUGUAAGCAGCCGUGAUGAUUAGCCUAUGUUUUGUUUUCUUCACUCAGUGAAGUUUUGACGCCUUCAGUAUCAGGCAUGCAGUUGGCUUCAUGAAUUACUGUUCUAAAGGAACUCCCAGAGACUCUUAGAUGUCCUACAUCCAUCUAGUUCAGGGGUUUUCAACCUUUUUGGGUCAGUGUAUCCCUGGUGGCUGGUCAAGAAGGAAGGAGUCCCCUGGUGGCCGGUUGACAAGCUGGGGGGCAUCCCCCAGUGGCUGAUCGGCGAUCGUGCCAGCAGCACGGUGGCGGCAUCCGCUGCUGAGUACCCCCUGAGGCCUUCCCAAGUACCCUCAGGUACCCAGGUUGAAAACCCCUGAUCUAGUCUCAUAACAGUUAAUGAGGGCCUGCUACAGCCAGCCAAAAUCUUAACCAAAUGGGCUGAUUGUUGAUACCAAGUCUCUAUCUCAGGUUUUGAACAGUUCUGUGUGCUGGGGUCUGGAUCUGUAAAAACAAACAAACAAACAAAAAACAAAAAAAACCCAACAAAAAACAGAACAGCACUUUGGAAACAAAGAAUCUGAAAAACUGUUUCACAACCAACACCCCUUUCACAAACCCUGUUAUGUUUUAGGGGUUCACAGCAUGUUGUGAAUAUUUUUCCUGUGUUUUAUUGCACUGGUGUGGCAUAUGUGAUCUCAUUGUAAAGUCAGUGUUACUUUGUAUCCACUUAGAUUACUGUUAUCACUAUAUAGAUUAUAUUAUGUUAUGUAUAUCUUUAUAGUGUUGGAUCUGGUUCAGCCAGGGCGCUGAUGCAUGAAUGCUUAAAGACAAUUACACCCCAUACACAGACAGAAGGCACUGGGACCCCAGGCAUUGUCUGCCUGUAAUAGACAAAUCAACUCCUCUAUAGCAAAAGAGUAAUGGCCUAUGCGGCAGAAACUUCUGAAGGAUCCUGGUGACUUACCAGCACUAGAAUAAUGCGAAUGAAGAGGCUGGCCUUGGAGGCUUUUUAGUGUCUAGCUGGGAUAGAAUCAAGGUCUGAAUCUCAAGCUUUGUGGGUUCAGCAGCCCCAAUUGCCAGGGCUGGUAAUUGGGAUUCAACAGAAGGGCUGAUCUCUUAAAAAUUCUGGGAGAUCUCUAGGAGGGCUGAGCUAUAGCCAAGUGAGAGGGUAAGAAUCUGUAUUCUUGUUUCUGCAAACCUGUAGUCAGGUUUGUUGGUGUAAUUAUUUCUUCCUAUGUCAUGAAUCCCUAUGUCAUGUUUGUUUGGUUGCUUGUUUCCUUACUAAUUGCCUGUGGAAAGAGUGAUAUCUGGGAAAAUACCUUCCAGAUUUCCCUUUCCAAGAUUUCCCUUCCCUUUCUUUUGGUUCAUGACCAAAAUGGAGUGGCUACCUGGAACUGGCAGAGAAUUCCUCACUGCAGCUACAGGGACCAGUAUAAGGGCAGUGGAGCUGAGGCUUGCUGGGCUAAGGGAUUAUGCCAGGGCAAUCUCAGUCAGUUUCUUGGGUCAAGUGGCAGCACAGUGAGGGUAAAUUCAGGGUUGUUGGGGUCUCGCUGGCAGACUGGUUUGUGACAUUCAUUAUUCAGAUUAAAAAAUGUAUUCAUCAAUCUACGAAGGAGAACUGCAAAUAUAAACUGCUGUGGACCCACCUGCAAUCUGUGCCUUCUCAUCAAUACAGUCCACAUCAUCACUGGAGCAAAUUACGCAGAUUAUAACAUCCAAGGUUCGUUCACCUGCAGCUCUGUCAAAGUCAUAUACACUGUCAUGUGCUUACAGUGCCCCUCUGCUGUCUAGAUGGGGCAAACCCUACGUAAAAUAAUGAAUGAACAUCAGUCUGAUAUCCAUUCCAGAACACUUUGACCUUCCUGGAUCUUUUGUCACCAACCUAGAGUAGCUGUUCUUAAACAACAAAACAUUAAAAACCACCUUGAUCAUAAAACUGUGGAACAAUCUUCCACAGGUUGGAUUACAUUAGGUAUGGUCUAAACUGGCAUUACUGAUUCUUAUCCCAUUCCCUGAAUUAGCUUUUUUUUUUUGUCUCUUUUGUCCCAAUGGAUUGAUUUCUUGUUUGCCACUCCCAGUGUUGCCUUCUCUUCCCCACCAUCCCUCUCCUUCCCCUUCUCCUUCCAUUCCCUGCCAUUUGUAUUCAGCUCACUCUUUAUUUGAUAGACUGCUCUGUCCAUGUCCUUUCACAGCAGCUGAUGGAGUGAGCUUAGACUCAUGAAAGCUAUGAUUCAGUUAGUCUGUAAGGUGCAUCCCUACCAUGCCUCCUAUAAAUUGGGACACGAUUCCAAAAUGAAUGGACAAAAUUUCACAUGACAGCAGAGAAGAAUUCCUAUUGUAUCUUGGAGGGGUAAAUCAUAUCAUGUCUUCCUUUUAAAGCUGCUCUUUGUGCACUGGAAACUGGCUCCAGUCCUCCAGUCUUCCAAAAAGAACUGCAAAUUACAACAGAACAACAGAGCAGGGGUGUCAGACUUAUGGCCUGUGGGGUGGUAGAGGGGCUGGGAAUUUGGAGGUUGAGCAGAUGAUGUGGGGCUCCUGUUGACUGUCACCACUCCCUGUGCCACAUUUGGCUGUAGCCUGUGAAGAGCCCUGUGGUACAGAUCUAACCUGGAGGAAGGGUGAUUUUGACACCCCUGCAACAGAGGAUCUGCCAUUUGAGGGAUAAAACUAUUUAAUCAAUAGACAGAGAAGGCCUUUCAAAGUUGUAAUAUAUAGACAUAUGAGCUAGAAUUGAGUGACAAGGAGAUUUGUAGUGUCUUGAAGUCUGUGUGAGGAAAGAAGCAAGCCAUGGCAUCAUCCUAUAUAUAAUGUACAAAACAAGCCUUCUGAAACUCAUUAGAAGAUGUAAAGGUUUCUGUGUAGCCAUGUUCAUACUAAGACAGCAAGCUUGACUACUUAGUUAGGAGCCACAUACACCUAUUUCAGGAUCAUGCUUCCUUUCUCUCAUCCAUGGGCUUACACAUAUACUUGAGAUCAUAGGAAAGUAAGGCUAGAAGGGACCUCAGAUAGUCAUCUAGUCCUAGCCCCCUUAAUGCAGAAUCAUUCUCAACCAAAGCCUCAAGCCAACUGUCUGCCUAACCUGCUCUUGAAAAUUUCCAGGAAUGGGGAUUUCGCUGACUCGCUAAGUAGCCUGUUCCAAUGCUUAACCACCUUUACGGCGAGGAAUUUCUUCCUAAUCUCCAACUUAAAUUUCCUCUGCUGUGGUUUGAAGCCAUUUCUCCCAGACCUGUUCCCUACAGCCAGAGAACAUAGUCUGUCUCCAUUCUCUUUAUAAAGCCCCUUCAAGUAUUUGAAGACUUCUAUCAAAUUCUCCCUCAGGCUUCUGUUCCUCACACUAAAUAAUCUCAGUUCCUUCUGCCUUUCCUCAUUGUCAUGUUUUCCAGGGCUUUAAUAAUUUUUUUCACUCUCUCUUGCAUUCCUUCCAGUCUUUAGUGAAGUUCAGUGCCCAAAACUGAACAUACAAACUCCAGGUGAGGCCUCACUGAUGCCAAAUGGAGCAGCACUUACCUUGGUUUGCAAGUAACACUUCUGUUAACACAUCCCAGUAUGCUCCUGGUUUUCUGUUGGUUCUUUUUUGCGACAAAAACACACUGUUGGCUGAUAUUCAGCUUCUGUAACUCCAAGUGCUUUUCUGCAGUAUUGUAGCCUAGCUAGUCUAUCUGUGCAUGCAGUUAUUCCAUCAUAAAUGACUAGGCCUGACUUUGAGUUUUAUAGGCUGAACUAAGCAAUAUUCUCCUCCUUGACAAGAGUACAUGCAUUGUUUGCAUUAGAAGCAACUUUUCUCUGUACAAUUAAUUUUUUUGCCUGUGAACAAAUGUAUUUAUAUUUAAUGCAAUCAAAAAUUUAUAAUUUUGUUAUAUUUAAAUAUGCCUAAAUUCUUAAUGACUACCACCAUUUUUUUGUUAAAAGAAAAUUAAACUUGUAUGGACUUUUAACAACUUUAUACUAAGACAACUUAAUUUAACUUGGAGUUUUCUAGAAUUAAAUAGCUGAGAUUUCCUUUCCAACAAUACUUCAGAAGCACAGAUAAAAAUGACUUCCUGUCUUACUAUUUCCUGUAUCCAUGGUAACCCCACUUUAACCACUCUCUCACUUGUUGUGGAGGAGCCUCUAGGAAACAUAGUGUUUCCUGAGUGAGCAGUUUCAAAACCAAGGGGAAAAUGUGAGAACUUUAAUAAACCAGAAUGUAAGAAAAGUCUUAUAGACAGGUCUGUUAAGUUAACGUUUCCAGUGAACUGCAUAACAACAGGCUAAAUGAUAAAAAUGAACUGCAGGUUUGGGCCAAGUCAGAAAUGAAUGGGAAAGCCAAAGACAGGGAUAUGUGUGGACUUCAAAAUUCUCUAUCCUGCAUAGGAGUUUUCCUGCAUAUCCUUAAUUGUUUUCUUUUGUUGCUGCUCCAGGAGGUAUUUAGUUGCCCAGCUGUCUGCCAGCUCUGCACAGGGGGACGUGUUCACUGCCGUAACUUAGGUCUUUCAAGCAUUCCGAAGAGCUUUCCAAAAAGCACAGUUCUUGUAUAUCUGAGUGGAAAUAAUCUCUCUCAUGUAAUUCCAAAUGAAUUAACAUACCUUCAGAAACUUGUUGUGCUGUAUUUGGAUAAUUCCAACAUUUCACAUGUGUACCCAAAAGCUUUUGUUGAACUUAAUAAACUGUCCUAUUUACAUCUAGAUGAUAAUCACAUUAAACGUUUGGAUCUUGGAAUAUUUCAAGGGCUUUCAAAACUUCUUUUUUUGGAUCUUCAGAAUAACCAAAUAGCUUUUGUUCCUAGAGGAGUGUUUAGUGACCUCACUUCACUUCAGUACUUAACACUUAAAAGAAAUCGUAUCACUAUCCUUGGAAGUGGCACAUUUUUGGGAAUGAUUAGUCUUCAAACACUUAAUCUAGCCUACAAUAAGAUUGCACGGAUAUCGGAUUCAGCAUUUCAUCUCCUUGGAACCCUUGCAUAUUUAAACCUGGAGGGUAACAAUUUAACACGGGUGCCCUCAAGUGCCAUUGGAAUUCUCAAAAAUCUUGAAAGACUUUCUUUGUCUCACAACCCUAUUGGAAAAAUACACUCUUUUGCAUUUGAAGGACUUGACCAGCUUGAAUAUCUAUGUUUGAAGAGUGCAAAAAUAAAAAACAUUCUCAUGAAUGGAUUUGCUGGGUUAAAUAACCUUAAACAGUUAAUUUUAAGCCAUAAUGAUUUAGAAAAUUUAAAUGCCAGUACUUUUACCUUGUUGCAUAAUUUACUGUACCUUUAUCUAGAUAGAAAUAAAAUAGUUAGUAUUGGUGAUAAUACAUUUGAAAAAGUUGGUUCCUCUUUGAAGAUAUUAAACCUAGCAUUUAAUAAAAUUGCAGACCUGCAACCUCAGGUACUCAAACCCUUGGUUUCAUUAAUUCAUCUGUAUGCAAGUUACAAUCCUUGGAACUGUAGCUGCAAAUUGUUUGGGCUACGCAAUUGGUUAGCAUCAUCUUCAAUCUCUGUAAAAAUACAUUGUCAAAAUCCACCAAGUAUGCGUGGUAGGCCUUUGUAUUAUGUUAAAUGGACUGAAUUAACAAACUGUGCCAGUACAAACAACAAUCCAGAAGCAGUCUGGAAUCUAAAACCGGCAGGUAUGCAUCAUAGUACCACCACUUUAGUGAUGGCAUUGCAUAAGGUGACUAGAUACAAUACUCACAAACAUUUGGGAAAUUCUGCUAUUAAACAUGUUACUUUAUGGGGAAGAGCCCAAGCCACAUCUGCUAGUCAGUUUCUUUAUAAAGAAUAUGCCACUGGGAAUCCAUCACAGGCAACUACUGUGUUAUCAGUUUUGCCAGUGCAAAUGACAGCACAGAUUGUACCUGUUAAUUUAACCAUGGAAGAGAAUAAUAGUGUGUUUCAAUCAAGUGCUGCAUCCGUAUCACUAAAAACAUCUCUCCUCUGCACACAACAAGUGGAGAAGCUGAAUCGGGCUUUUGACAUUUUACUAGCCUUUUUUAUUUUGGCUUGCACUGUUAUCCUGUUUCUAACCUAUAAAAUCAUUCGAUUAAGACAGAAACUGAAGCUACCAGGAAACUCAGAGGAAAAGGGAAUAGAGUACUACAGUUGUUAUCAGGCUGGCAGAUACAAUGUGACUGACCCAGUUCAGCGCCGGUCUCAUAGUCCAGUGAGGAAUUCAGAAUUAGACCAAAUUAGGCUUCUCAAACGAACAGCACCUGAGAAUCAGGCACAGGUCAUCUUGUUUGAGCAUUCAGCACUGUGAUUUAUCCAGUUUGACUUCUUGUGUCGAUUUGGGGGGAGAGGGGGGUGUAGUUUAAAACAUCAAGAAAUCAAAUAUCUGAGGUUCUUUUAAAUAAUUUGUUCCUCUGUCAGAUCAACUAGUUCUUGGCAUUAUGGAAAGUGUUACAACCUAGGAUCUAUAUUAUGAUUCUUUCCACAAAUGCUACUGGUUCUGACCUUUUGUGAUGGAUGAAUAUUCUGCUCUGUUUCCCUUUGAAGGAAACCUUCUUAUAUUAAUCUUGUAUAUCAUAAUAUGUUCAGUAAGAAGUUAAAGCUAUGGCUUCAACUUUUUACCCAAUAUUCAUUCGUUUUAAAUUUUAUAUGGAAAUAAUGUGUUUUGUUAAAUGAGCAAGGAAAAUCAAUUAUUAUCCACAUUAUGAAGCUGAAAUGUUUUUCGGGGGAAAAUAGUGCUCUAAGAGGAUCUUUUUAAUAUGUACAUUGUCAUUCACAAUGGGUUAGAAAAUGAAAACAGUGAGGGACCAUUUAGCUCAAUUGGUUAGAGUGGGGUGCUAAUAAAACCAAGGUCAUAGGUUUAAUCCCUGGCUGGACUAGAUGAUCUCUUGAGGUCUUGUCCAGCCUUACUUCUCUAUGAAAGCUUUCCUUUUGGUUAACAUGAACUGUUUUACAUUUUCUAAGAAAGAGGGGAAAAUUUUUAAUUCUGUAUAUUUCUUGUACAUAAAUAUAUUGCCAAAGUACAAAAUAGUUGCAUGCAGUGUGUAUAAUAAAAUACAUACAUUGUU